UACAUCACGUCUAGUUUCUUCGAUCUACCUGAUUCUCUUUUUCCGCGACUGGAUAAGUCGUGCGGGCGUUAUCCGGUUAGUUUACGUCUCAUGCGCGAAAAGUAAUAGGGAGGAGGAGAGAUGGCGUUAUCUUCAGCGCGACCUUUAAUUACGGUGUAUACCGAUAAAAAUGAAGCCUCGGGUGACACGAUUCCUCUGCCAUCCGUUUUUAAAGCUCCGAUUCGUCCGGACAUCGUGAACAGCGUCCACCAGUUGAGUUCCACCAACAGCAGACAAGCAUAUUCCGUGUCUAAAGAAGCCGGCCAUCAAACCUCUGCGGAAUCAUGGGGCACUGGACGUGCCGUCGCGCGUAUACCCCGUGUACGUGGUGGUGGUACGCACCGUUCUGGUCAGGGUGCGUUUGGUAAUAUGUGCCGUGGUGGACGGAUGUUCGCCCCUACCAAGCCAUGGCGCCGUUGGCAUCACCGCAUAAACGUCAAUCAAAAGCGUUAUGCCCUCGUGUCUGCCAUUGCUGCUUCUGGAGUGCCUGCACUGGUGCAGUCUAAAGGGCACAUGAUUGGUGAGGUCCCGGAAUUCCCACUGGUCGUUUCCGACAAGAUUCAAGAAUAUUCCAAGACCAAGCAGGCUGUAAUCUUUCUUAGACGCGUCAAGGCUUGGAAUGACAUCCAAAAGGUGUACAAAUCUCAACGCUUCCGUGCUGGUAAGGGUAAAAUGCGUAAUCGCCGACGCAUCCAACGACGCGGACCUCUGAUUAUUUACGGUCAAGAUCAGGGCAUCCGCAAAGCAUUCCGCAACAUCCCGGGUGUCGAUCUAAUGAACAUCAAUAAGAUGAAUCUACUAAAGCUGGCACCUGGUGGCCAUGUCGGUCGUUUUGUUAUCUGGACCAAAUCUGCUUUCGAUCAAUUGGAUGCCCUUUAUGGCACAUGGAGAAAAGAAUCGCAACUUAAAAAGGGAUACAACUUGCCAUUCCCCAAAAUGGCUAAUACAGAUUUGUCCAUACUUCUCAAGUCUGAGGAAAUACGUAAAGUCUUGAGGGCUCCUAGGAAGAAGGUGGCACGCAGAGUGAAGAAGCUGAAUCCGUUGACCAACACGCGAGCUAUGCUGCGCCUUAACCCGUAUGCAGCGGUCCUGAAACGCGCCGCUAUUUUAACUGCGCAAAAGCGCCAACACGAGAGGGAUCUUCUUCUCGCUGAAAAGCGAGGGAUAAAAUUGUCGGAGGAUGCACCAGCAAUGAAAGCGGUCGCACUUCGGAAAAAGAGGAGUGAACAAUUGGCUAAGGUCAAGAAGGUAAAGACCACGAAAAAAACACCGGCCAAAUCGCAAACGAAAGUAGAGAAGGAUAUCCCAAAAACCGCUGCCGCUAAACAGCCAGUAAAAAAAUAAACGUGAUCGAUAUCGAUUUUUAUUUUGAUUCUGAUUCUGAAUAAAAACUGGCAAAUGAUUGUAAUCAACUGA